AUGUACAUAAAGGGCAAUAGUCUGACGAUAAAUGAUGCGUUUGCCCAAUUGUCUUUUAUUGUCUUGGACACAAUUAACUCAAUUUCGGCUCGUAUUGUAUGCGGCCUGGCAGCACCAGCGUCUCGCAAUCGCCAGGCUCACUUCUCCUCUCCAUUCGUCGACGCUACCCCCGUGCCGAGUUCAGCUCUCGCGCUGGCGAUCAGAUCGACUCAGGUUCCUGAGCCAUUGAGUGGCAUGGUAAAGGAUGUCGUGACCAGGACUCAGGCGCUCGAACGCAGCUAUGCAAAUCUGCUGCAGACAGCGAGGGUAGUGAAGGCAAGUGACAACCAACUGGAACCUCAGCUUGUUUUCACGGCCAAGUGUGGUGCCGGACAGCCCAAUUUUAUGGGAGUCCUUUCUCCCAGUAUCACCUCGCAACACACAAGGAAGCAUGAGGAGAGAGAAAAACGGAAAGUUAGGGUGGAGUAUAAAUUGAGAAUAGCAGACGCUCAAAAUAUAAGCAUUAUUGCACAUGUUUAG